UGUAUCACCUCUUGCAUAAUAGUACAAUCAACACGUAAGGUCAACAGCGCACCCCUGUGAGGAGCGACGGCACCGUGGGGACCGAAGCUGUCAGAAACCUGCUGCUUGAAUCAAGUGGACUGACUUACAGCAGGGGACCUGCCUCUCCUGCCCCCUCCACGUAGGAGCACUACAACCCGCAACUUCUGGUCCGUCUCAGAUGCAUAUUAACUUUGAGAACGUAUGCACGUGUCAUUCCAUUUGUGGUCCUCUUUUUGAGGGGGGAUUUCCUUGGACUUUUUCUUGGCACGCCUUUACGCACGCACGCUGCGCCCCGUGGCUGUCCCCCACACACACACGCACACCCACAGACACCGUCUGAUCUAAUCGUGUGAGAGAAACUUUCGAGACGGGCCAUGCUGCAGUGACUUCGCGGAUCAAGUCGUCGACGGCAAGGAGGCGAGAGAAGGAUGCUUGGAACGUAUUUAUAACACAAGCGAGCGGAGGAGACGAAGUCGCUUUCGGUUACUCGAUCGAGCUUCAGCCGAGGACAGUUAAUCACAAGAAGGCAAGUGGGUUGCAGAGGUGAAGUGAGGACAAGACAGGUUGGCGUCUCCAAAUUCACCCGGCUCGAGUUUCAGCCGCCACGGGGGCUCCUGGUAUUUAAGCGUGCAUUUGAACCUGGCAUAAGUUGUCAACAAGAGCAGCGAGCAGAGGCAAGCUGGCAGGUGUACAAGUUCAUUUACAUGCAUUCGUAUAUUCACGCCACUAUAUAUAGUCUGAGGGACGAGCAGUCUUGAUAAGUUUCUCCUCCCACCCGCCGGCCCUGCAGCAGCAGCAGCAGCAGCUCUGUGCACCGGGCGUGUGCGUGUGUCUAUAUAUACACACCACACAGGCUGUUAUUCCACCUCGCAAUCUGUAUCCGAGUGGGCUGCCCGCCGUCGGUUUGGCUGUGAGGGCAGGAGUCGUCGCAUGGACUGACAUGGCUACCGACCUCGCCAUGAGCGCAGAGCUGCCAAACAGCCCCCUGGCCAUCGAGUACGUCAACGACUUUGACCUUAUGAAGUUUGAGGUGAAGAAGGAGCCGCCGGAGGCCGACCGGUACUGCCACCGCCUCCCGUCGGGCUCCCUGUCCUCCACCCCGAUCAGCACACCCUGCUCCUCCGUGCCUUCCUCGCCGAGCUUCUGCGCCCCGAGCCCCGGCGCGCAGCCCAACCAGAGCCUCACCAGCGGGGUCAACAGCAGCGGCAGCAGCAGCAACAACAGCAGCGGCAACAACAAUCACGGCAACGGGGGAAAACCCCAGCUGGAGGAUCUGUACUGGAUCCCCAGCUACCAGCACCACAUCAACCCGGAGGCGCUCAACCUGACCCCGGAGGACGCGGUGGAGGCCCUCAUCGGCAACGCGCACCACCACCACCACCACCACCAGGCCUACGAUGGCUUCCGCGGGCAGCAGUACGUCGGGGAGGACCUGUCCACGGCCUCGACGGGCCACCACCACCAGGGCCACCAUCACCAUCACCACCACCACGGCCACCACGCCCGCCUGGAGGACCGCUUCUCGGACGAUCAGCUGGUCAGCAUGACGGUGCGGGAGCUGAACCGUCAGCUGCGGGGCUUCAGCAAGGAGGAGGUGAUCCGCCUGAAGCAGAAGAGGCGCACCCUGAAGAACCGGGGCUACGCGCAGUCCUGCCGCUUCAAACGCGUCCAGCAGAGGCACAUGUUGGAGUCCGAGAAGUGCACGCUGCUGAGCCAGGUGGAGCAGCUGAAGCAGGACGUGGUGCGCCUUGCCAAGGAGAGGGAUCUUUACAAGGAGAAGUAUGAGAGGCUGGCCAGCCGGACCUACACUGCCGGCGGAGCCGGGAACACGAGAGAUCCGUCCGGGAAACAGGCCAACAACGAGUUCUUCAUAAAGCUCAACAGACUGUGCGUGUGAGAGCUGAGGCGAUGCAGAGACGAGACCUUUCAAUAUUGCAAGUCUAUAGUUUUCCAUCCCCUAUUUGCAACCCUGCAUGCAGGACAUGUAUGGCAACCUCCAGUCAUCUCCCACAAUCCUUCCACGUGUAUGGAAAGCAUGGCCCACGGUUGUCUCUUCCCCCCCUACCCCCUCAACCUCCAUCCUCCUCAGCAUCAACAAGGCCUGGUUAUGCAAGAACCACAGAACUGUCUCCCCCCUCCAACCCCCCCGCCCCCCAGCCCGUUCAAACCCCCGAGAGGUGCGAGGACCGCGGACGAACAUGCAACAACAAAAAACAAUCUGCUGUACAACCACAUGGAUGCGUCUUUAACUGCUAUUUUCAAUCAAAUUUUCCAUUGUUUUAAAAAGAAAAGGAGAAAAAAACCACAAAAAGAGAUUACCUGAGCCAGAUUUUAGACUGUAUUUAUUUCCACCUGUACAUAAUGUGUAGAGAAAAAAAAACAGUUAACUGUGUUGUUUUACCUUUUUUUUCUCUCUCUCUCUUUUUAAAGAAAACUUGCUUUCAAGUUGCUUGGAUUAUUCGACAUGUCUUAAUACAAGUGUUUGUAUGUUACAGCAUGCAAAUAUCGUCUGUAUCCUCCUCCUACUGAACGUGUAAUGUCAAAGGCGAGCCUAUACUGCACUAAGAAGAGAUCAAACAUGGACAAACGUUUUGUUUUCUACUGAUAGGACCUUUGAUCUGUUACUCUCUCUAAAAAAAACUGGAUGUAAAUUUGAUGAGACGGACAAGGACUGCAUUCGCUGCUAAAACUCUAUGCACCAACCCGAUGAUUAAAAAUACUUUGUUUGUUCUUUUUUGUUGUUUUUUUACUUUGAAUAUUUGUAGACAAUAAUUUGUCUAGAGCUUGCGGUUUUUAUGAUCCGCAGCCGGCUGUUUUAACGCGGUCUUGUGUGGAUGCGUGAUGGCUUGGGAAGAGGAGACUGUGCCCGGUGGUGGAGCUCACUGUUCUGGGAGUGACUCGAUGCUUUAUUCGGUCAACAACAAGUCCCUGGUCCGCGUGUUUUCUGCUGCCUAGAUAUAUGUGCAAUAUUGUGCAGAAGGGUCCGAUGCUCAGACUACAUGGCUACCUGUUGGAUGGCGGGAACUUGCAGGGAGGGGGAAAAGGCUGCUGUUAUACAUUUCGAUCAAAAUGCCACUGGGGAAAAAGAAGUUUAAAAAUAACUAAAAAAUGCUAAAGAAAUGGGAGAUUGAUAUUUUGUAUUGGUGUGAGCCCGAAGAACGAAAACGAUCCAAAUGAAUCGUGCAACUCGUCUAGAUUUAAUAUAUCUAAAGAAAUAAUAUAAAUAUAAGGCAGUAACAAAUUCCCUUCAGUGACGUUCUCUGUUUGAAUUUAUUUGUGAUUUGAUUUUGUUUCAAAAUUAAUUUGUUACUUUUUUUUUUUACAAAAGCAAUGCCAGCCCAAGAAUACUCAUUUGAUUUUGAAGGAGAGACUGCGAGACAAAAAAAGAGAUACAAAGGAAAGCAAACUUCUGCACAGUGCUGUUGAUGUAUAUCUUUACAUAUAAUUUCUAUAUUUAUUCAAUGAACGUGUCCUAACAAGUCAACAAGUGAAAAACCUACAAAGUGGAACGUUGUUGAGAAUCUUGUUUUCAUAAUGUUUAAUAAAAAUUUCUGUCCCAAAUC